AUGAGUUCUCCUUAUGUCUUUCCAAUGACAGAUCCAAGUUCCACUGUCAUACCUGACCCUUCCAACUUCUUCUCUCCAAAACUACUAUCCAAACCCCUCCCUACAAACUCUUUCUUCCAAAACUUUGUUCUAGACAAUGGUGACCAACCUGAAUAUUUUCAUCCUUACCUCAUCAAAUCAUCUAACUCAUCACUUUCUGUCUCAUACCCUUCUCUUUCCAUCACCCCUUCUGUUAUAUCCCAAGUUUUCAAUGCUGAUCUUACCAUCACUUCCUCUACAAAAACUUCCAAUCAACAAAAUCACGUAAUAUCUUCCUUUAGUGAUCUUAGUGUCACCUUGGAUAUCCCUUCUUCUAAUCUCACCUUCUUCCUUGUAUGUGGAAGUCCCUUUUUAACCUUUUCUGUCACAAAACCAACACCAAUUUCUAUCACUACUAUUCAUUCCAUUAACUCCUUAUCUUCAAAUGAAAAAUUUACAAAAUACACUUUUAAGUUUGACAAUGAUCAAACAUGGCUCUUAUACGCUUCCUUGCCGAUCAAGUUAACUCACAGUCUUUCUGAGAUCACUUCUGAGGACUUUUCUGGCAUAAUUCGGAUCGCUUUGUUGACCGAUUCAAAUUCCGAAAAUGAAGAUGCUCUUGACAUGUUUAGUACUUGUUAUCCUGUGUCUGGUGACGCUUCGUUCAAAGAUCCAUUUACUAUGGAGUAUAAGUGGGAAAAGAAAGGUUCAAGUGAUGAUUUGCUGAUGUUAGCUCAUCCUCUUCAUAUUCAGCUACUUCAGUCUAACGGUACCGACCACAAUGUCGCUGUUUUCGAUGAUUUUAAGUAUCAAAGCAUUGAUGGAGACCUUGUUGGUGUUGUUGGUAAUUCAUGGCUUUUGGAAGCCGAUUCUGUUGAUGUUACAUGGCUUUCAUCCAAUGGUGUGAAAAAAGAGUUCCAUGAUGAAAUUGUUUCAUCACUUUUGAAAGAUGUAGAGGGUCUAGACUCGUCGACAAUAACUACAAAAGAUUCUUACUCUUAUGGUAAGUUGAUUGGAAGAGCGGCGAGGCUUGCAUUGAUAGCCGAAGAAGUAUCUUACUUAGAUGUGAUUCCAAAGGUUAAGAAGUUUUUGAAGGAAACCAUUGAGCCUUGGUUGGAUGGAACUUUAAACGGAAAUGGAUUUCUACAAGAUGAUAAAUGGGGUGGCAUUGUAACCAAACAAGGUUCUGUUGAUCCUAAUGCUGAUUUCGGUUUUGGAAUUUAUAAUGAUCAUCUUGAUCAUUUGGGAUACUUCCUUUAUGGAAUUUCAGUUCUUGCUAAGAUUGAUACUUCAUGGGGUGAAAAAUAUAAGUCUCAAGCCUAUUCACUUAUGAAAGAUAUUCUCAGCACGGACUCAGGAUCGGGGUCAGGACCAGGAUCAGGUUCAGGUUCAGACUCUGACAACGGCGACACGAGCUUAAGAUGGUUUUAUCCUUAUAGAGGCUCCAGUGUGAGUUCAGGGUUAAUGGCGAGUAAAGAUGGAAGAAACCAUAAGAGCAGAAGUGAAGCUGCAAAUGGAUGUUAUUCAGCAGCAUUGAUGGGAUUGGCAUACAAUGAUGCAGAUCUUUACAUCCUCGGAUCGACACUUUUAGCUUUUGGAAUCAAAGCAACUCAAAUGUGGUGGCAUAUAAAAGAAGGAGGAAAAAUAUAUUCAGAAGAAUUUACAAAAGAGAACAGGAUCAUGGGAUUUCUAUGGUCCAACAAGAGAGAAAGUGAACUUUGGUUUGAGCCAGCCAAGUUUAAAGAAGCUAGGCUUGGAAUUCAUUUGCUACCAUUGUUGCCUAUUUCUGAAGCUUUGUUUUCUGAUGUUGAAUAUGUGAAGCAACUUGUUGAGUGGACAUUGCCAGCUUUGGAAAGAGAAGGUGUUGAUGAAGGAUGGAAAGGGUUUGUAUAUGCUUUACAAGGAAUUUAUGAUAAGGAAAGUGCAUUGGAGAAGAUAAGAAGUUUGAAGAGUUUUGAUGAUGGAAACUCAUUCACUAAUCUAUUAUGGUGGAUUCAUAGUAGAGAAUGA